AGGCGUCGACCAGUUCUCGGUCGGGUGCUUAGGGAGCGACCAAAAAUCCCUCCUGCCCAUGGGUCGGGUGGGAACUUGAAAACACAAAAAAAAAGAAACAGAAUCUUUAAGUCGAUUAGCAAUUUAUUGCCAAAUGAAAUGAAACAGAAAAUGAAGAACUCAUAGAAUUCGAUUAAGAAACACAUAUCGAAUUGUUUUGUGUGUCAUUCUAUUUUGUUUCGAUUUCGAUUAUCGUAAAAUUCAUGAAGCAAUCCUUGGCGACAUUUGUCACACGUGUUUUACAUUUCUCUAAAACGAAUAAUUGAUUGUGUCGCAAUCCAACUUGGGAAUUUGUUCAACUUUAUAAGAUAAACAUGGCUGUCAUUAAGCUACUGACUUCUGAUAAUGUCAUCAUUGAGACUGAAAUGGAUUUAAUCAUGUGCUCAGGCACUAUAAAGGGUAUGUUGGAGAGCUGCAUCGGAGACGAUGAGAUUGUACCGUUGCCAAAAGUGAGAUCGGCAAUUUUAACAAAAAUUCUUCAAUGGGCCGAAUUUCAUCGGUACGAGUUUGCUGAGGAGGAAACUGAAAACGUUUGCGGUGUGAUUUCUCCAUGGGAUAGCGAUUUCAUUAACGUUGAUAUGAGCACCCUUGUCGAACUGAUUGAAGUUGCCAACUUUUUGAACAUUCAGCGUCUUUUGCAUUUGGCCUGCAAGACUGCGGCUAAUAUGAUUGCGGGCAAGACCUCAGAGGAAAUGCGCAAGAUUUUGAACAUCAAAAAUGAUUUAACCUUUUCGGAAGAAGCGGUGAUGCGCAAGGAGAGCAAAUGAAAAUAUCUUAUAGUUUUUAAUAUGAUGUUUCUUUAUUAACAUUUCUGAAAUUAAACAGAUGACACCUGAAAGGUCUCUUCAUAAAUAACUAAAUGGAUUAAAUAUAAUAAAAAGUUCGCUAAA